CUGGCCAGGCCCCACAGGAGGGUUUGGCUGCUAGCCCCAGCCCCGCCAGAACUCGGGUCCCUCCUGGAGAAGAUAUGCCCUUGGCACUUCUACUUCUGACCGCAGCCGGCUCCUCGGCCUUCCCGCCCCCCUCCAUCCUGCUGGUGCCCCCGCACCCCAGCACCCACGAGGACCCCAUCCACAUCGCCUGCGUGGCCCCGGAGGGCUUCCCGGGGGCCAACUUCACGCUGUACCAGGGCGGCCAGAUACUCCAACUCGUUCAGGCCCCGGCAGACCAGCUCCGGGUCACCUUCAACCUGAGCGGCAGGGAGGCCCCGGGAGGCCCGUUCCAGUGCCAGUACGGGGUCCUGGGGGAGCACCAGCAGCCCCAACUCUCGGACCUCAGCGAGCAGGUGCACCUCUCCUUUCCAGUGCCCACGUGGAUCCUGGCGCUGUCUUUGAGCCUGGCAGGUGUCUUUCUCCUCUUGGUGGGAUUGGUGGCUGUGGCUGUAGUGAUCAAAAGAGUGAAAGUAAAACACCUUCAGAAGAAACGAGAGCGAGAAUCCUGCUGGACCCAGAUGAACUUCUCCAACACAGCCCAGGGGCCUGCCUCUGUCUCCCUUCCAGACUUGGCCUUCGACAAUUCCCUGUUCACCAUCUCCAUGAAAAUGACAUCGGAGGCUCCACUAAGUGACGGAACGACAGCCAGUGACUUGGGGCCGCGGAAGAGGCCCACCUCUACCUCCUCGUCCCCUGAACCCCCGGAAUUCAGCACUUUCCGUGCCUGCUAGUGAGCCUGCGGUACAGGGGCGUCUGGGCGCCCCUCACCCCCAUUUAUAUCUGCCCACACCCAGCUGGACGUGAGGCCCCUCUACCUUCUCGGGGGUCCCCACCACCAGUUUCUCAGGGAACUGAACAGGUCAGAUGAAGGGUGAGGGUCUUCACACAGGAACAGGAGGGAGAAGGGUGUAGACAUGAAAAUGGGUCCUUAGAUUCCCAGAUCAACCGAUGGCGAGCUAUCUGCUCCCUUCCAUGUCCCCCACCCACCCCCACCCCCCAAGCUGGUCCAUGAGAUGUCUACACUCCCCCUUCCUCCUGCUUCAUGGAACCAACCCAAGUGGGUUGUCCGGUGCUUAGGAACUUGGGAGUGGGGGGCAUCCGUCUGUCUGUCUACCCGUCUGUGAGUCUGUUAAAUUAUUAAUUAUAACACCUGUCACCCCCA